CCGUGCCUUACCUUGAGAGCGCCUGCAGCAAGCGCGGCUUUUGUCUCAAUUGCCAUUGUCUCACCGCGUCGCCAUCGACUUUAAACAGAGGACAUCAACGGCUUUUUUUGUUUGGACGCCGCAUCCGUCGCAAACAAUACAAUAGUUGGGACCUUGCUGCUUUCCUCGAAACUCACGGUCAAUGCGACUUGAGGGGCGGCAAUCUCCUUGCUUCCUGCGUAUUCGCCGAGUCACUGCAAGUAGGUAGUCAAAAUAGAAGUCUCCAGAUGAGGAAGCAAUGAGAAUUGACUUGACAAAGAGAUGUAUAUUCGCAGCUGCCAUUCUCACACAGCACCUUCGUGAGAUGACAAAAAGCGCGCAACUCUCGCAGUGCCACCAAUUAUUGAACUUUAUUCAACUUCGACUUCCACCACGAAAUUGGCAAAGUGUCACUUGAAUCUCACUACUACAAUUCGCGCGCAACCAAUACCACCGUAUUAUUCUUGGACAUGAAUCGACAAUCAUCGGAAUCAGUGGGGAGUGCCUCACCGGCACGCACUCCGCAAAUCAGUAGACCACUCGCUCGCAGUCGUCUUAGCGCCACACCACUCACCGAAACUCCACCGACGAGCACGAGUGCUGGCAGAGACGGAACACCGGGAUCAGACAAAAUCUUGUCCGGCCGUGUCAAAAAGACACCGCGCAAAGUUUCCAAGAGAAAAGAAGAUGUCUUGAGCGAAAAGGAAAAGGACGAGGAGAGGCGGCAGCUGGACGAGAUGGACGAGGAGAGGAAACUAUUCCCGGGCAGCGACGACUGGACAGACGAAGAGAACAGACUCUUCCAAAUUCUGUACAUGAGGCAGUACAGUCCUCUACUACCAUCGCAUUGGGAUAUGGACUUUCGAGGGAUCCCCAUCCCGGAUGUUCUCUUCGCAAGCUCUGAUGCCCACCCACCCGUCAUCAACUCGAGAAGUGGAAAUGACUUCAAAGCUACCAGAGCACUCGCUCGGCUCAUUGAGCUGACGGCGAAUGUGCGAGCCUUGUGCCAGACACGCCAAAGACACAGAGCACGCGCUCUCAUUGAGAAGGAACUCCACGAAUAUACGAAGUGGGCUGAACAAGACGGAGGAUACAACAGUCUCGAGUAUCUGCCGAAUCUCGUCAUCGACAUGGUGGAUACGAAAAUGUCGCCUCAGGCUAUCGAGGAGCACAUGCAGUUACGUCUCAAGGCGGCUGCUGCUAUCCAUCGCGCUCAUUGGAGGAAUGAUCUAGCGAAUCCUGACUAUCGCGAAGACGAGGAUGAAGAUGCCGAAAUCGAGGACAAUAGAGUUGUUCUUGUGCCCGACAAGUAUCAGACGCCGUCGCCAAAGAAACCUCGCGCAUUGCGCCGCUCGACUUCUCCUAGCAACGGAACUAAAUACGACGAUAACCAGAAGGACAAGAUGCCGGGCUGGAACCUCUUCAGUCCGGCAAGUCAGUCUUCGUAUGGGCAGGAAGAACAGUAUACUCGCCGGCCGCCAGUGAUAUAUGGACUUUUCAUCGUCAACACAUCCGUCAUGGUACUUACCAUUGACUCUGCUAAAGAAGGGGACGAGGCCCAUGUCAGUUACCAGGUGGAGGUCGGCCUCAGCAAAAACUACCAGGCAGUUUGGAAUGCUAUUACCAUCGCCAUUGUGGUUUGCCUUGCGAGAGACGCAAUGAUGGAAAUGAAGGUUGACUUCAACACUUCACUCAAUGACGGGGACAGCGACCCCGACGCUUGAUACGAUGGAACGAAGGAAUGAGGCUAGCAUGCGGUCGUCAGCAGGCCUCGGGAUUUUUCUUUAUGACUCGUACGACGGGGACUUCUUUGAAUGCGUAUACCCCUUUCAUGAUUACGGGCGGACUAGAU